UGGACUUCUGAUGCUGCGCGAGACCAGCGAAAGGAAGGCGAACACAGCGUUAGAAGUCGGAGGGAAAAGUUAUUUUUCUACUCAUAUUGGUUAUUUAAUUGUGACUUAAAAGCAGAGGAAUGGAUUUUAGGACGUGCUGUCUCUGUUUAAUUCACGUAAUUCUUCUCGCAGGUUUAGCCUGUGGACUGCAGAUCACUUCAACUGGUUCCACGUCCAUUGAGAAAGCCAGCGGUGAGAGUGUAAAGUUGGACUGUCAGUUUACACUUGCUCCUGAGGAUACCGGCCCUCUGGAUAUCGAGUGGAGCCUGCAGCCAUCCGACAACCAAAAGGAAGAAAAAGUGGUGAUUGUGUACUCGGGUGACAGGGCUUUUUCAGACUACUAUGCUCCUCUUAAAGGGAGAGUCCACUUUAACUCCCCUGACCCUAAAAAUGGUGAUGCCUCCAUGAACAUAAUGGGACUGAAGGCAACAGACACGGGCACCUAUCAAUGCAAGGUGAAGAAAGUUCCUGGCAUCAGCAGCCGAAAGAUUCUACUAACUGUCAUGGUUCGCCCCUCUAAACCCAGAUGUUACGCGGAUGGCCCGACUCUGAUGGGCAAGGAUAUGAUGUUGCGCUGUAAUUCUGCAGAGGGCACACAACCACUAAAGUACACUUGGGAGAGAAUCACUGGCAAUAAACUGCUACCACCCGCAGCAGUGCUCGAUCCGGUCGGCGGCACCAUGAGUCUGAGGAACGCCACUGAGACCGCUUCUGGAACAUACCGCUGCGUUGCUAAAAACAGUGUUGGAACAGAGGAGUGUGUGGUGGAGGUUAGCGUCACACCAGCUCCUAACACAGCAGGCAUCAUCGCGGGCGCUGUGAUCAGCGUUCUGUUGGCUCUCAUACUUCUCGCCCUUAUCCUCUUCUGUUGUUGCCGUGCCCGCCAAAAGAAGAGGUACGAGAAGGAGAUCUCCUAUGAGAUAAGAGAGGAUGUGCCCCCUCCCAAGAGCCGCGUUUCUACCGCACGCAGCUUUACCAGUGCGGGUAGCCAACGUUCCUCUCUGGGCUCCAUGUCCCCCUCCAACCUCCAUGAGUACACCAAACCUCAGUACGACAAGAUACCCUCUGAAGAAAACGACAGGCCCCCUAGCCACGCCCCCAUUCCCCCGCCCAGCAGAAUGGCUGGCCCCAACCUCAGCCGCAUGGCUGGCCCCAACCUCAGCCGCAUGGGGGCCAUCCCAGUCAUGAUCCCUGCCCAGAACAGGGAUGGAUCCAUUGUGUAGAGCUAAGCUGGUAUCUCUACCAUUUUGACUCACACUAUUCAAUACAUUGUUCGACUGGAAUUUGCAAUCAGCACAAAUGAAGAUCUCUGCAGUUUCCGAUCUCCGCUGUCCCAUGUCUAAUAAUACAAUUUGACUUCCAGAACAAAAAAAAAAACUAAUGCAGAACGGUGAUCGUUUCACCUGCUUCUGUUUUGUUUUGUAAAUAAUGCAGUGCAUGAUUGAUUUGAAGGCGCUAUUAUAUGCAAGGUGGCUUUAAUAUUCCAAGGCACUUGAAAUGUUUGCCCAUGAAAUGUUCUACAGAGAAAUGAAUCAUUGAAACCUAAAUUUACUCUAUGUAGUACAACUUAUAGUUCACUAUUGUACAUAGCAACUCCCAAGCUAUUAUCUGAUAUCAUUCUGUUUAUCACUUUAUACAAAAGGCUGGCAAAGAUUUAUUUAAGGGACUGUGGAAAGAUGUGGGUUGGCUUGGUUUAUGGAUGAGAUGGUUUAAAAAAAACAUUUGAUGAUUGAUGUGGUGUGUAUAUAUAUAUGUAAAUGUGAACUUUUGGAAAAUGAGAAAACUGUGAUUUAACUCGCUUUGCUUUUUUUUUACCAUUUGGCAGUUCUAAACAAGCCAGUUUUUGGCUUCAGAGUGAUUAGUGCGUCAGUCAAUUCCUUAUGCGUGGACUGGUUCUUGACCACAAACCUUUGCUUUCCCCCACCCUGCAAUGAAAUUAAAGGAAAGAUGGGGCUCUGUGGUAAAAUACGGUUCAUUGAGCAAUCAGGUUUUAGGGCCAACAGAACCCCAGUACUCCUCAACUCUGCCCUGCCCCUGCUUCUUACACUACCCCUAGCCAAUCACAGAUGAUAGCGAUAAUAUGCUGACUUUAAUGCGAUCCUAAUCUUAAACCUGCAUUUGGUUUGGCCGACAGCUCAUUCUGUCUUGAAAGAUGAAGAUUUAAAAUCCAAUUGGCGGUUGGAAAUGUUAGCAAGCAGUUUAUGUGUUAGAUGAAGAACAAGAAAUGAAGGGAUGGUUAACAUAAAUGUAAGCCAAUGAAGGACGUUAAUUUAAACUGAGGUCAUCUAUAAAUGUGUAAUUUUGAAUGAAUAGUGUUUGUUAAGGUCUAAAAUAAUUACCCACCUAAUUGAGCACAUUGUCACUAUAAUUUCCAGCUGUUUAAUAGUUUAAUAACAUUACAGAUCUUUUUAAUCAUUUUUCCCAUGGUGGGCUAUAUUUGACCUUGAAGGGUUUCCCAAUGUUCACUGUAUGUGCCUUUUUUAACUGGGUUUAAUGAACUGGUAUCACACAAUGAGCACAAUGAGUGUAGGUUUAACAGAUGACAAGGUAAAUAAAUAAUACAUGAACAAACAUGAUGCUCAGCUGAAAUUAUAAAUUAGUCAUAGUAAUUGGGAAUGAACAAUUUAGCACCAUCUGAUUUGAAGCAGACUGGUAUAAAUAUUACAUAGAAAUGUCUGUUAAUAAUACACAUGUAAAACAGGCUUCUUUUCAUCUCAAAGAUGCUGGAUGCAUGUACUGGUCAUGCGAGGGUGUGUGUACACUGUCAACUAUAUACUGACUCUAUAAAUACAAGUCACUGCUGUACACAAAUAGUAGUCGCUCUGAUCUAUUUUUAAUAGGGUUCCUUUUGAAUGUGUAAAUAUGUAAUGUAAUUCUGGGUCCUAUUUUAUGGCUGUAAUGUUUUGGUGCUUGGGCUGCGAAUAAGGUGAAUUACAAGAGUGAGAUUGGGUUAAUCAUUCACCAUCUGAAUAAGGUAUUUACAUUUAUUACUACGCAGAAGUUGUCAUUACCUGAAAGCACACGCUCAUGUUUUCUCUGGGCUUUUAUUUAUUAAGACUCUGACAAUAGAGGUGCUGUUCCAGGAUCAGUUCUGCUUGUUUGAACAUGUGAUGUUAGUGUAAACAUGACAAUCUGAUCCUUCAUCAGCAAACCUUGGUAGCAAUGUGGUUUCCUUGAACUGAAUGAUCUGUUUGGGAUAGAGCCCGUUCUGUAUUUCAUAGCUGUAGAUGGUAUGCUGGUUCUCUGUACAAUGCCAUUUAAGAGAUAGAAAAAUUAAAAUCCUAAUAAGAAACAACCAAUGAUGUUAAUGAUGUAGCUGUUACUUUUUUUAUGGUGUACUAAUAAUACGUAACCCCUCAUUUUUGCUCUGCACAUUAUGUAAAAAUCUUAUUUUCUUUAUUCUUGUGUGCUUUUUGUGAUGUAUUUUUAAAUAAAAAGGAAACCUCUAUCAU